AUGCGCAGUCCUGGCUACGAUUGUGCAAAAGAGCAUUUCAAAGCCAACCUCAGAGGAAAGAACGCUGUUCUGCAAACACUGGCGUUGUACGCACCAGCAUACUCUCUGAAGCUGAGGAAACCCCACCUUAGAUCAUCCAGCACCACGGAGAUGCCACAUAUAGAGGAGGACGAAGAGAGCAAAUACACUCGACGUCCAUCCUGCUUCUGCACAGCACAAGAAAUCUGCGCAGGCCAUGUGAGAGAGUUUAUUCUUGUUGGAUUCCCAGCCCUAAUGGACUUGAAGGUAUUGUUCUUCAUAGUACUACUACUGACAUACAUUUUAACUGUUAUGGAGAAUGUGGUCAUCAUUUCGUUAAUCAAAACAAACCAUGAGCUCUACAAACCCAUGUAUUUUUUUCUUGGUCAUCUCUCCUUCAUUGAGGUCUGGUACAUCUCAGUUAUUAUCCCCAAACUCUUGGCAAAUUUCAUUGCUGAAGACAGAAGUAUUUCCUUUGUGGGAUGCAUGACCCAGAUCUUUUUCUUCAGCUCCUUCAUGUGCACUGAAUGUGUCCUUCUCUCUGCCAUGGCAUAUGAUCGCUAUGUGGCUAUCUGUCAACCAUUGCGCUACCUGGUCAUCAUGACAUACCAAAUGUGCAUAUACCUGAUAGCGCUCUCCUGGUUCAGUGGGUUCACUGUAUCUUUGAUCAAGAUCUCCUUCAUUUCUCAGUUGGAGUUUUGUGGUCCCCAGGUAAUUAACCAUUUUUUCUGUGAUAUCAGCCCAGUGCUAAACCUCGCCUGCACUGAUAUGUCGGUGGCAGAGACAGUGGACUUUGUGUUGGCUUUAUUCAUCCUGCUUGUUCCUCUCUCCAUCACUAUUGUCUCCUACCUAUUAAUUAUCAUGACAAUUCUGCAUAUCCCCACCACCCAAAGUAAGAAGAAAGCUUUCUCCACGUGUGCUUCCCACCUAACUGUGGUCACCAUUUUCUUCUCAGCUGCCCUCUUUAUGUAUGCUCGGCCCAAGAAGAUCGAUCCUUAUGACUUGAAUAAGCUUGUGUCAGCUGUGUAUACUAUUGUCACUCCCAUCUUAAACCCCUUCAUUUACUGUCUGAGGAAUCAGGAACUGAAGAAAGCAUUCAAAAAAGUUCUCUCUGAAAAAAUCAGUAUCUAUAAGGUCUCCAGAUCCAUCACUUCUCUCCAAAUGCAAGGAUAA